GAAUCAGUAUUUUGGCGCAUUCCGCAAACGGUCGUUGCAUUCUCAGUUUCCAAAAUUGUUUAAACAAACAAAUACCAAAAUAGCAUUGGACGGACGUAAACAAGUGCAGUUGUCGUUAAAAGUAACACAACACAACACAGCAACAACAACAUGGCUGGAUUCGUAGCGGUGCAUACAGGAGCUGGAAAUUGCAUCGAUGAGACGAAAUACCAGCGAGUCAUCAAAGAGGCUUGCAUGCGUGCAACGGAGAUUCUCCGAAACGGUGGCAGUGCCAUCGAUGCCUGCGAAGCAGCAAUAAUGCGCCUGGAGAACUGUGGCCAUACCAAUGCCGGCUUUGGAUCCAAUCUCUGCUUAGAUGGCUCGGUGCAGUGCGAUGCGGCUAUUAUGAACGGAACCACACUGAAUUUUGGGGCGUGCACGAAUGUCAGCCGUGUGAAGAAUCCCAUACAGCUGGCACGUCGCAUUUGUGACGGUCAGUCGGAUCAACAGCCACUGGAGCGCAUACCGCCGAUGGUGUUGGCAGCCAGCGGUGCCGAACAGUAUGCCGAACAAAUGGGGUGUGCCAUGGUCGAUCCCACUGUGCUGAUCUCAUCGAAAGCGAAAUUCCAUUUUAAUCACUAUAAGAGUAAAUACGAUCUAGUUGUUGGCAACAGCAAAGCGAACCAAGACAGCGACGGCGAGCCAGUGCCUGAACCCGGCAAUGAGGUGGAGCUGACUGGAGCUGCGCUGGACACUGUGGGUGCUGUGUGCGUCGAUGAUGCGGGUAAUACUGCAGCCGGCUGCAGUUCUGGCGGCAUUCUACUCAAAGUACCCGGCCGCGUCGGCCAAGCGGCCACUUAUGGCGCUGGCUGUUGGGCGACGGAUACGGAUGAAUUGGCCAUUGCUACGUGCACGACUGGCAAUGGUGAGUACCUGAUGAAAACGCUGCUCGCCCGCGAAAUAUGCAAUGGUGCAUUUAGCAGUGAUUGUGCCGUAACCAGUCUGCACAGAACGUUCAAGCAAAAGUUCCUCGAUUCACCGCUGUUGCCCCAGCAGCAGGAUCUCUAUGCCGGCGCCCUCACAUUGCUCUAUUAUCCUAAGCAAAGUUGCGGCGAGGUGAUGUGGAGCCAUACGACACAAUCGUUUUGUGUCGGCUACAUGGCAACGACGCAGAAAGUGCCAAAGUUUGUGCACUCGCCGCUGCCCACAUAUAGUGUGCCAGGCAGAUCAUGCGUCGUCAAUGGCCAUAAUUUCCAUUUGCGCAUUUAGUCGUUGUCGUGUGGCCCAGCUUCAAUAGCCUUAAUAGCCAAAGGCACUAGCCAUCUUUAGACACACAGCCGCCUACUGCUGAUUAUCGUCAUUUCGGCAUUUUCAAAAGAUGCAGUUUUCUGCAAUUUAUUUGAUUUAAUGCUUAAUUGCCGCGACAAUCGCUGCCAACCGACAAAGCCAGACAGGCUGCAGCAACAACCACAACGACAACAUUUCGUAUUGCUUUUGUUUCGAUGAAAUAUUAAGAAUCAUUAAAUGAAAAUCUGUUUCAUUGUAUAGUACUUAUCUAUAUAUAUAUAUGUAUGUAUGUUUAUGUUAAUGUGUGGUUAUGCCGCUCAAACUACACAACUAGCAAAUAAAAUAAAAUUAUUUCGAAUAGUA